AUGAUUCCCAGUAAAAAAUUUCAAAUCCAGCGAAGGACUAUAGCAAGAAAUUCCGUACAGUCUUUAUGCAUUUGCAUCAAAUCACGCAUCUGUCCAGAAACAAAACGACGACUUGCCGCUCCUAAACAGUUCUUGUACCUCAUCCGCACUAACCUGAAAAUAAUCAUGGGAGAAAGCCACCUUCUAUGUUCGCGGGAGAACAGACAAAAAGAAAAGGCUCCAGAGUCCAGACCAUGGAGAGUUCAGCGGAUCAUGUUGUGCGUCGUUGAUGAUGACAUUGUAGCAAUAUCACUAUUUACCAUGGAAGUGGAAAGGCAAGGCAGGGCAGGGCCCUUCCUCCAUCAUGUGGCUCCCAUGUCUGCCUCUAAACUCACUACCACCACCAUGCAAGCCGCUAUGGACUGCGUGUUACAGAUGGUCGAGGCAGCUUUGGGCAUCGGCAAAUGGGAAGAGAAACGGAUGGUGGACGAUUUUUCAAGGGGAAUUCUUGCUCCUCUUGAACAGCCCCUUCACAUGGGUUUUCAUGUGAUUUCAAGCAAUGGUGUCCGAAUUAGUACUAAAUGCCCAUAA